UUCGAUUAUUUAAAACUGCUUUGGAACGUUUGCCAAGUGACGAUUAAAAGGUUGUGAUUAGAACAGAUGAACGGCACUGUUGGAGCAUAUGAACGCCAAUUCAACCUACAAUGGACGAAAUGGCAAUUGUGAUUGUAGGUGAAAACUUGGAAACGCGUGAUAUUGUUCUUACGCGUAGCAAUACUGGGGAAUUGCAACGAAUAUAUGAAACACACCGCUAAUACGAUGCUCUGCAAUACCCGCUAAUGUUUUGGAGAGAUGAUGAUGGAUAUCACUUCAAUAUCAAGAUGAUAAAUCCAUUGAAUGGUGAGUACCUACUUAAUACAAAUUUGAUUUAUUUGAUUUUAGGCCAGGAAACCACCAAGAAAGGUGGUAUUAUGCAUUUCGUUCAAUGAUUCGUCAAAAUGCUGAUGACUAGGUAUUCGCUGAGAUUUCGUCGAUUGCUUCAGCAGUAUUGUAGAAUUGAAACGGAUCGUCUCACUUAUAUCAGAAGGAAUCAAUCUAAACUACGUUCAGAGAAAUAUAUUCAUUCACGAGAUGCAAUCACCACUGAAGGAGCAGCUAAUGUAGAACAUCAUGUCUUUGGGGAUACUCGAUGCUGGAUGUAUUCAAUUGAAGGGCAGAAACGAGGCCUGCCACAUGCACACAUUCUCAUCUGGUUAGUAGAAAGAAUUCGACCAGAACAGAUAGAUGACGUUGUGCCGAGAUUCCUGUUCAUGUGAAUGAUCCUGAAUUGCAUCAUAUUGUAGUUACUAACAUGAUUCAUGGACCAUGUGGCACCAUCAAUCCCCAAUCACCAUGCAUGGUGAAUGGAAAAUGUUCAAAGCGUUAUCCAAGAGAUUUCACCCUGGACUCUAUCACUGGCAACGAUUGUUAUCCACCGUAUCGCUGUCGAUCACC